ACAAACCAAACACCUGCACCAAAUCUCGCGACAUGUAAAAAUGGGCCAAACCAGAAGCAGCCAGCCGCCGACGAGGGAGUAGCGCGACGCGAGCACGCCCACGAAUCCUGACCCUAGCCCCGAAGGAGGAAAAGGAGGACGAAUCCGGUCGUCUCCUCUUCCCUCCAAAACCCUAGCCGCGGCGGAAGCGAGAUCUCAGGGACGAUGUCGGACUCGGCGUCGAUGGCGGCCGCCACAGAGGCGCGUUUCAGCAACCGCGACCUCAUCGGCCGUGGCUCCUUCGGCGACGUCUACAGAGGGUUUGACAAGGAACUCAGCAAGGAGGUUGCAAUAAAAGUUAUUGAUCUGGAAGAAGCCGAGGAUGAUAUCGAAGAUAUCCAAAAGGAGAUAUCUGUUUUGUCACAAUGUCGGUGUCCAUAUAUAACUGACUAUUAUGGCUCUUAUCUUCAUCAAACCAAACUGUGGAUAGUAAUGGAGUACAUGGCUGGUGGUUCUGUUGCUGACCUACUUCAAGCUGGCCCUCCUCUGGAUGAAAUAUCUAUUGCAUGCAUUCUAAGGGACUUGUUACAUGCAGUUGAAUAUCUGCAUUCUGAAGGAAAGAUUCACCGUGACAUUAAAGCGGCAAAUAUCCUCCUGACUGAAAGCGGAGAUGUGAAGGUUGCAGACUUCGGUGUCUCUGCACAGCUGACUAAAACAAUGUCUAGGAGGAAGACAUUCGUCGGAACUCCCUUUUGGAUGGCACCUGAGGUUAUUCAAAAUUCUGAUGGGUACAAUGAAAAGGCAGAUAUCUGGUCUUUAGGUAUAACUGCUAUAGAAAUGGCAAAAGGUGAACCCCCGUUGGCAGAUAUUCACCCCAUGAGAGUUCUUUUCAUGAUACCUCGUGAAAAUCCUCCUCAGCUUGAUGAGCAUUUCUCUAAACCAAUGAAAGAGUUUGUGUCACUAUGUUUAAGGAAGAAUCCAGCAGAGAGGCCUAGUGCUAAGGAACUUCUUAAGCACCGUUUCAUAAAAAAUGCCAGAAAAACUCCAAAGCUUCUGGAGAGAAUAAGAGAGAGGCCAAAAUUUACAGUAAAAGGUAGCAUCGAUGCCACGCAAAAUGGUCAAACACAUAUCGAAGAAGAUGAUUAUGGAGGUACUAUUAAGGUUGAUAGAAAUACAAGACAUGCAGCCUCUCCUUCCAGUCAAGGAACAGUUAGGAAAGCUGCUGGCUGGGAUUUUCCUGAUAGAUCGGAGGGCACGGGAACUGUUCGAGGUGGUUUGAGACCACCACAAAUAACCUCCACCAAGGAUGGUAGAUUUGAUAUGCCUCAGAAUCCAAGUACACUAAAACGUACAGUUGAUCGAGAAAACCAAUGGAGAACAUCUGGGACUGGAUCUGAAGAAUCAUCCUCAACAAACAUGUCUAAGAAAGAAGCUCAAACUGAUCAUGGGAGGCUAGAAAGUUCUACAGAAUACAAUGACCAAUCUGUAAGUGGGUCUGGAACUGUGGUGUUACGCUCUCCAAGAGCAUCUCAGGUCUACCCAGCAGGUCCUAAUCACAGUUCUAAGCCUCCCAGCAGAUUCUCCUCAUACGAAGAUAUGUCUAUCAGUGGGACAGUUGUUAGGAAUCAAACUGAAGAAGCAGAAACACCACGAUCUUCAAGGUCAAGGCUGGGGACUCUAGAAAAAACAUCAAAUGCUUCACUUGAGGAUAGUGCUAAUAACCUUGCGGAGGCAAAGGCUGCUCUACAAGCUGGGUUCAGAAAGGGAAAUGCUCGAGAAAGACCAGCCACCAACAAACAUGAAAAGGAAUCACAUGAACCUAGAUUUUCUGGGGUAAACAGUCAUGAGGUUCGAAGUGAGAAUGUUGACUCGCAAAAAGGUCGCAAAUCACGGCAGCCAUCCGAUGGGCAAUCAGCUCCCCGAGCUUCUGCAGCUUCACCUGCACUCUCAUCCUUGAUAAUUCCUUCUCUGAAAGAGGCUUCUGGUGACAAGUAUGAAGGACCUGUUGUUCAUGCAGUCCUCAGUUCUUUGAUGGAUCUAGAGCAAGAAAUACCUGGAUCCUGUGAGGUAUUGGUUGGCAGAAUUCUACAGCGGCUAGGGAGCUCGAAGGAUUCGUCGUUGCAAAGUCUAAAUGAGACGGCAAUAUCGAUUUUUACAAAGAAACCUGAGCCCCCCUCGGAAGCUGGAAGCAACAAGAAACAAGCUAGUACGCCACCAUUGGCUGCUCCUACCGUAAGCCCUCUGGCGAGGUUCCUUCUUACCAGGUGGCAAAACCAAGUUUCCCAAGACCUUAACUCCGUUUGAUCGAAAAUUCUUCCAUGUUUUGAUUCGGUGUAUAAUUAAUUUUGAGUGUACAUAACUCUUUAGAAGAAACCCCAUUCUGCUAGAUGUUCUCAGCGGCUUGUGCUGCCAUCUGUUUGUUCUAUUUGUUUUGUUUUACUAGAACAACAUAUUUGCUGCCCAUUUUCUAAUGUAACUGCUACCGCCAUACGUGCAUGACAUCUGAGAUGCACAAAUAACAUAUCCAAAUCUUGCUGGUUAUACUUGGGAAUAUUUGUGAAUGACUUGUUUUGGGAC